AUGGCGGCGGCAGCAACGGCGGCGUGUAGGCCUCCGGUGGAAGAGAGAUUUAAUUUCUAUAAUACUUAUGAAGACCUUAGCAGUCCCAUUCAUCUCCAGUCAGUUCAUGCCCACAACAUUCACACUGGUGAGCUUGUGCGCAUCUACAAAGGUCACAAUCAUGCUGUGACUGUGGUGAAUAUCCUAGGAAAAGUGAUGGUGACCGCUUGCCUAGACAAAUUUGUUCGAGUCUAUGAAUUACAGUCCCAUGAUAGAUUGCAAGUUUAUGGAGGACACAAAGACAUGAUUAUGUGUAUGACCAUCCAUAAAAGUAUGAUCUAUACUGGCUGUUACGAUGGCAGUAUUCAGGCUGUGAGGCUAAAUCUGAUGCAGAAUUAUCGCUGUUGGUGGCAUGGCUGCGCUUUAAUAUUUGGUGUCAUGGAUCAUUUGAAACAACACUUGCUUACUGACCACACUAAUUUUAACUUUCAAACUCUGAAGUGUCGCUGGAAGAACUGUGAUGCUUUUUUCACUGCUAGGAAAGGAUCUAAACAGGACGCUACAGGACACAUUGAACAACAUGUUGAAGAGGACAGCAAAAUUGAUUCAUAA